AUGGAGCCCGUUCAAAUACCGUCGAUCACAGUUAUCGUUUCCUCACGGGCCGUCAUUUCGGGGCGUUUGACGGCAGCCACUAUCGUUAUCUCCCGCACCAGUGGAAAGAUCACGGCAGUCUUCGAUUCCGUGAUCCCUGCUACUGACUUUCCUGCUGGCACUCCGUACACGGACUAUUCCCCUCAUGUCUUACUGCCUGGGUUGGUUGACGCCCAUGUGCACCUGAACGAGCCCGGCCGUACCGAAUGGGAAGGCUUCUAUACUGGUACCCAGGCCGCUGCGUUCGGUGGUGUUACCACGGUCAUUGACAUGCCUCUGAAUGCCAUUCCACCUACCACCACAGUAGCCAACUUCAAGGAGAAGCUCCGCGCAGCCCAUGGAAAGUGCUGGGUAGACGUUGGCUUCUAUGGUGGCAUUAUCCCCGGAAAUGCCGGCGAGUUGAAGGCUUUGGUGAAUGAAGGAGUGCGAGGCUUCAAAGGAUUCCUUAUCGAUAGCGGGGUUGACGAGUUCCCCGCCGUCUCCCCGGAUGACAUCCGAAAGGCCAUGGCUGAACUGGCCGAUGAGCCCACGACGCUUAUGUUUCAUGCAGAAAUGGCUGGAGAUACGGAAUCGGCGCCCGAAGGUCCCGUUGAGGCGUACUCCACCUUCCUCGCAUCUCGUCCAUCGUCCUAUGAGACUCGCGCCGUAGAAGAGAUCCUCGCGCUGUCCCACCUGGCCCCCAAGCUUCCCUUGCAUAUUGUCCACCUCUCUGCGAUGGAAGCCAUCCCGUUGCUGCGCAAGGCUCGUGCUGAGGGUGUUCCUAUCACAGCCGAAACAUGCUUCCACUACCUGUCCCUGGCUGCUGAGGAGAUCCGUGAUGGUGAUACUCGUCACAAGUGUUGUCCUCCCAUCCGUUCGCAGUCCAACCAGGACCGUCUCUGGGAAGAGGUCGAACGCCAUGCCGACGAAGGCGUCAUCAAGACCAUCGUGUCUGAUCACUCGCCCUGUACGCCCGAUCUGAAGCUGCUACCAUCUAAUGUGCCUGGUGGCUGCACAUCUAGUGGUCACGUGACAAAUGAAGGCAGUUUCUUCUCGGCCUGGGGUGGCAUUUCCUCUGUUGGCCUGGGUCUUCCAAUCCUGUGGACAGAGCUCAGUCGACGGAAAGGCCUCGCCACCAGCACCGACGAGACCACGACUCAAGCUCUCCAAGACAUCGUCCGCCUCUGCUGCACCAACACGGCUCGCCAGGUUGGCCUUGAGAGUCAGAAGGGCGACCUCAUCCCUGGCCACGAUGCAGACAUUUGUGUCUUCGACGAUACGGCCGAAUGGGUCGUCGAGCCCAGCACCAUGCUCUUCCGUAACAAAUGCUCCCCCUACCAAGGCCGCACGCUUCGCGGCAUGGUCCGCGAGACCUGGCUGCGCGGCGAGAAGAUCUUCAACCGCGACGAAGGCUUCAGCAGCAAAACCCCAGCUGGAGGUCUGCUCCUCGACAAGCGCGUUUGA